AACGAAAAUAUCCAUCUUUGAAGGCUGAGGAUCAAGGUAAUUUUAAAUGUGGAAACAACAACAAUAACCCGUGCCGAUCACGAGGAAAUCACAUGGAUGAAUCGACACGAGGUCACCGAAGUCACGAGUUAGGCUGGGAAACAGACAAAUACACAAAAGGCGUCACAGUAUCUGCCACUUCAGAUGCAAGGCAUUAGUGACUAACCAUCAUGGCUGCAUUUGAAGUCUUCUGUAGGAUUACAUUCUUUUUUCUGGUUGUUAUUUCUGCCAGUGAUGCCUUCCGUCUUCGAGCUCGAUUUCCUCGUCCACAAGGAAAGGAUUUUGGACUUCACGCUAAGCGACAAUUGUGUCCGUUUUGCAUCUACGAGACAAAAACGUUUCGCCAAAAGCUGGAUCAUUUUGGCUUCAGCAACAAUGGCACUUUUCUACAGCGUUACCUUGUGGCGAGUAAGAACUGGGUGGAAGGAGGACCUAUCCUCUUUUAUACCGGAAAUGAAGGAGAUAUCACCUGGUUUGCCAACAACACGGGAUUCAUGUGGGAUAUUGCAGGGGAGUUUAAAGCCAUGCUAGUUUUUGCGGAGCAUAGGUACUAUGGCAAGUCCUUACCAUUUGGAAAGCUGUCUUACAAGGGACCGAAGUAUUUAGGAUAUUUGACCUCAGAGCAGGCUUUGGCUGACUUUGCUGUUCUUAUUCGUCACAUAAAGGAGACAGUACCAGGAGCAAGUGAAAGCCCAGUGGUCGCUAUUGGAGGGUCCUACGGAGGGAUGCUGGCCGCUUGGUUUCGAAUGAAGUAUCCAAAUAUUGUUAUAGGGGCCCUCGCAGCUUCAGCACCAAUUCUUCAAUUUACAGGAUUAACCCCUUGUGAGAAGUUUUAUCAAAUUGUUACGGAAGAUUUCCGUCGUGACGGAGGAGACCCAUGUGUAAAUUUGGUAAAAAAGUCAUGGAACGUCGUAAAAGAUUACGGUAAAACAGAAAGCGGGCGGAAAAAACUAUCCAGUAUAUUUAAGCUGUGUUCCCCUCUCAAAACCAAAGACAACGUCACUCAGUUGGAAUAUUGGCUGAGCGAGACCUGGGUCAACUUAGCAAUGGUGGAUUAUCCGUACCAUGCCAGUUUCUUGGAACCUCUUCCCGCUUGGCCAAUCAAGGAAACAUGUAAAUAUCUUCAAGACGAGUCGCUAGACGAUGACAAACUCCUGGGAGCCAUAUCCAAAGCUGUUGGAGUGUACUACAACAGCUCAGGCAAUGCCAAAUGUUUUAACACCUCACAGCAAGCUGUAUCCUUCCUGGGAGACGAAGGCUGGUAUUUCCAGGCUUGUACCGAGAUGGUCAUGCCUCUCUGCUCAGACGGUGUCAAUGAUAUGUUUACCAAGUCAGAGUGGAAUUUCGAUGCUUACGCCAAAGAUUGCCAGAAUUCACGUGGCGUGACACCGCUGGAGUACUGGGCCGAGAUUCAGUAUGGUGGCAAGAAGUUAAAAGCUCAUAGUAACAUAGUGUUCAGCAACGGUGCCCUUGAUCCCUGGGCUGCGGGCGGGGUUACCUGCAACAUAAGCGACAGCCUCAUUGCUGUGCUGAUAGAGGAUGGCGCCCAUCACUUAGACUUGAGACAUAAGAACCCGUUGGACCCUCCGUCAGUCGUGCAGGCGCGAAAUUUAGAGAAAUACUACAUCAGCAGAUGGAUUUCCGAGGCCAAGAAACAGAAGAAGGAGAAAGCAAAGCUUAGAAUUUCUGACAAGGGAAAGUUUAGAAGUAUAUCAAUUCGAUGAUCUGUCGGUUGUUAAAAAUAUAGCAGCUAUUUUGUUUACUUUUGUAUAGGCCCCCUUGAUCCUUUUUAAGUUUUCUACCUUGAGUAUGAAUCUAUUUUCCAGAUGUCCCUUUCCCAUUGCGUGUCGUAAGACAAGAAUCAAGGUGAUCGUAGCAGCCUAUCUAAACAAAUAAUUGACAUGGAGCCAAUAAGAACAAACAGUUUAGACAAAGCGCAAGUCUCCAAAUCCUGAUUGGUUUUAAGAGUAAUCUUCAUAGAGUGUCGAAAGUAACCCCGGAUUACCUUGGUUUUGUUAACUUCCGUCCUUGAUUGGUACAGAAAACUCGCGCCACCUUCUAGACCAAUCAGACGCCAGACGAUGAUCAAUCGUGACUUACUCUCCUGGGUUUUCCCGCGCUUUUGGUAGUUCGUCCAUUUUCUCUUUAGGUCCUCAUUAUCAGCUAAUGAUGACGCAAAUCUUUGUUAUGAUUGGCUUCAGGUUUAAGUUGGUUUUGAUUUUAUGACAUUUAGUUGAAAUUGUUUUGCAUUAGAUUGGUUGAGUUCAUUGAUUUAGUUCGCAGACUAGUCACAGAAACUAAUACAAUCUCCUUCUGCUUUUCAUAUCCAGUUGAAAAUUUUCUCUAAAGUUGGAAUUUUUAGUUGGACAAUAUCUGUGCUCUAGGUUAACAAAAUUGUUUGAUAUCUUGUCCAUGAACCUCACAAAAAAAAAAACCUUCGCUACGGGCAGGGCAGAGGAGAUUAUUUGAUCCUCUGCCUUCUAGUUUUCGAUGUUCAACUGGUUGUUUCAACCGACGGAACAAGUUCUUUUUCUGUAAUGUUCAACGUUUAAAAUCACUGGUUAAAGAACCCGCGUAAGAAAAAUUCAUCAAUGUACUCACAAAAUGACUGAUACAUGUAUACGGCAAAGCAUUCCAACUUUCCAAGGAUGCAAUUUAGCUUAAAGGAAUAUGACGGGAGCCUACUGCUCGUAAAAUCGCCGUUGCGCGGUGAAACACAGCUACAUCAUGUGAACUCACCAUUAGCGAAUUGUACUCAUCAAAAAUUGGUUCUUUUUCUCCUACUCCAGUUCUUUCCCAGUUUUCGCCAAGGGAAAUUAUUGCUUUGACAAAACAUAAUGUGGGACAGUAGAUUAAGCGCAGGAAGCAAACGACUCUUUUCCAAAGAAAUGUUACCAGUUAUAAGGUUGCUUUAUCUAGAAUCUAUAAUUUUCGUUAGUUGAAGGGAAACAAAAUCUUCUCAGAUGCAACGCUAGAACUUUAUAAUAAAAUAACUUUGCUAGAAAGAAAGUCAGGCACUUUUGUACUACUUUGCCAUUACAUCAGAAAAUAAACAAUUUUCAAGAAAUCUAUUGUUAGAAGAAAAUUCCUAAUCUCAAUGUAGGAUAGCAAACGUAAGGAGAAAUAAAGAGUUUUUCUCAGAA